GUGGUUCACUCCACUCGGUUAGUAAUACUACAAUAUAAGUACGGUUGGCCGUGGUGGUGGUACCCGCGCUGAUUAGAGGGUGUUGCCAUAGAGAUGACGUCACGGAGGACGCCGCGACGCCGACGUUGAAUCGCGCACGACGCCUGCCGAUUGAGCCGCUGCUUGUUGAUGGCGCCGGCUACGACAGUGGCGCUCGUCAGCCGAUCCACGGUGGCUGUGCUUGCACGGUCGCGAUCGGUCUUGUGACAGUUUUCCGUGUAACACAAAAACAAACGAAGAAACGUCUUGCGUAAUGACGAUCAAAUGUGCCGUAAAUGAAACUGUUGAUUUAAUAUUAUUGUUGUUAUUGUGAAAACGCUUCACCGUCAGAACACCUGGAACUAUGACCGCAUGAUGUCGCUGCUCAGUGUUACUGUGAAAAAAGCCCGCUUUGUAGGAGUUCAAGCAUCACAGUUUAAUACUUACGUUACUCUGAAGCUACAAAACGUAAAAUCAACCACAGUGACAGUUAAAGGAGCGACACCAUGCUGGGAACAGGAUUUUUUAUUCGAAACGAACGACAUAAACACAGGGCUAUUAAUAGAAGUUUGGAACAAGGGGAUGUUGUGGGACCGUGGAGUGGGUUACCAUUAUUUACCCUUGCACACCGUAAAUUUCGCGGCAGAGGAAGGAAAUGGUCAGUGGCUUUCUUUAGAUGCGGAGCUAGUCAUGAGAGACGGAGAAGUUGUGGGUACAAAAAAUCCAACGGGGCACACGCUGUUGGUUGACUAUCGUUUCGAGUUACCAUUUG